AUGGUCGACGCCUUCUGUGCCACUUGGAAACUGGUUGACAGUGAGAAUUUCGAUGAUUACAUGAAAGCUCUCGGUGUGGGCUUUGCCACCAGGCAAGUUGGCAAUGUGACCAAGCCGACGGUGAUCGUCAGCCAGGAGGGCGACAAGGUGGUGAUCCGCACCCAGAGCACCUUCAAAAACACAGAGAUCUCCUUCAAACUGGGAGAGGAGUUCGAGGAAAACACCGCCGAUGACAGGAGCUGCAAGUCCAUAGUGACUCUGGAUGGAGACAAGAUGGUCCACGUCCAGAAGUGGGACGGCAAAGAGACCAAGUUCGUCAGAGAAAUCAAGGACGGCAAGCUGGUCAUGAACCUGACCUUUGAAGACAUCCAUGCGGUGCGUACCUACGAGAAGGCAUGA